AUGCUGUUGUCGCAACCUGCGGACUGUGGCGCCGUGUUAGGGUACGCCGUGUGAAUGCUGUUGAGGAGGCCGUCGCAUCGGGAGGUGCGUGAGCUGAUGCACGAUAAUGGCUCCACUUUGUGGAAAUGAAUCGGUUCGAGCGGUUCGCGAGGAGCUGGAAGAGGCCAAGGAAAACCGAACAAGCUGCCUGAGUAAGGACAUCAGUCAGGCACACACGCAGGCAAACAAUCCCUUACCCCUGUGUGGUGUGGUGCUGGCAGUCUCGUUGUUUGUUUGUGCAAUCUCACCGAGGCCGAGAAGGAAGAAUCCCAGAUGCAGCAGGGCGAUCAGCAUCCCCCACCACCCCCUCCAGUGCCCACAGCAGACGACGCCAGACAGGCUGAGAGGGAGACGGAGGACCUCCGCGCGGCCAAAGAGCCGCCGACAGAUGGCGGCCACGACAAUGUCCGCUCACGGGCGGAGCAAGUGCAGAAAUAUUGA